UCCAAAUGGACAGAUAACUAAAUUUAAAUAAAUAAAUAUACACCGUUCGAUCUUUAAUCUAAAUUUCCGUGUAAAUGAUACGUCAUCGAUUUAUCUCAAAAUGGGCACUUGUGGAAACACUCGUAAUUACAUGGACGAAAUGUUAUGUAUCAUAAAAGAAAUCGAAUGUCUAAAGCCUGAACCAGAAAUAUGCAAUGUCUCCUGUCCACCAUUAGGCUGUCCAAGAGGUCCAUGUCCAGGAAUCUGUUGCAAUGGAAUAACCUGCGAUCCCUGUUGCAUGUCACAGAUGCCAUGUUGUGCACCUAGUCCAUGCUUACCAUGUUGCGUACCUAUAUGUUACACAGAACCUCCUCGUGCUGAGAUCAAGCUUAAACCAGAUCCAAGAAAAAUUUGUUGUUUCCCACCGAACCCCGAUUGCCCACCGAUCUCGUCGAUUCCAUUUUGUCCAUCACCAUGCGGUCCACCUCCACUUUGUACAAGCUCACCAUGUAUCUCAUUCUGUUGUCCUAGUUCACCAUGCCCACCUAUGUGCCAGCCUUGUUUAAGAGAUUGUACGAUUCCAUGCGGACCCAUAGCAUGUUUUCCUACAAAUUGUUGUCCUACACCAAUAUGUAGUCCAAUCCCGCCAUGCUUCAAACCAUCGAAACCUCCCUGUAGUCCCUGUUAUGUAUGCAUACCACCUCGAUGUAAUAAAUAAAAAUUUGUCAAACAUAA